UGAGAUGACCUUUGUACUCACAGAUGCACAUGGCUAGGCAAGAUCAUGUCAAUGCAAUGUCGACCAGUGCUAGCCAAAUUCCAAGCUCUAGCAGACACCAAGUAGUGUCCCCUCUAACUGGAAAGGUGAUUCCUCUGCCACAACAUGAGAUACUGGGAGCGACCAGAAGUGUGUCAAAUUUUGAGAAGCUGAACAGAGUUGGUGAAGGGACUUACGGCAUUGUGUAUCGAGCCAGAGACGUGAAGACCAAGGAGGUAGUGGCACUGAAGAAGAUAAGAAUGGAAAAAGAAAAAGAAGGACUCCCGAUAUGCAGUGUGCGUGAGAUAGGCAUUCUGUUGAGUCUGAGACACAAGAACAUUGUGGAGCUGAGAGAAGUGGUUGUGGGGAGGGACUUGGAGAACAUGUUCCUCGUGAUGAGAUAUUGCGAGCAAGACCUGGCCACUCUCAUUGACAACAUGAGUACCCCUUUCACAGAAGCUCAGGUUAAGUGCUUACUGUUGCAACUCCUAGAUGGUAUGGCCUACCUACACAGCAACUACAUCAUUCACAGAGACCUCAAAGUAUCCAACCUCCUAUUGACCGACAAAGGCUGCCUCAAGAUCGCUGAUUUUGGACUGGCCAGAACUAUAGGCACUCCACCCAAACCACUUACCCCUCGAGUUGUGACACUGUGGUAUCGAGGACCGGAGCUGUUGUUUGGUUGCAGAGUGUACUCAAUGGCACUGGACAUGUGGGCAGUGGGGUGCAUCUUUUGUGAACUGCUUAGCAACAAGCCUCUGUUUCCGGGAAAAUCAGAUACAAAUCAGAUUGAACAAAUUACGAAGCUACUUGGAACUCCUAAUGACACGAUCUGGCCCGGCUAUUCAUCCAUGCCUAUACUCAAGAGCAUUUCGCUGAAGAACCAACCGUACAAUAACUUGAAACUGAAGUACCAUUGGCUGUCUGACGCUGGAGGCAAACUAAUCAAUGAUUUUUUGACUUACAACCCAGACGAGAGAAUAACUGCCAUUAAGGCCAGAAAGAAUGUCUAUUUCCGUGAGAAACCACUUCCGAUCGAACCUGAAUUGAUGCCUACUUAUCCACACCUGAGAAACACUAAGCCACAAGUGCAAAGAAAAGUACCAUGGGAAGAUGAAGAUUCUGGACAUGUAUCUAAGAAACCUAGAACAUUACAUCAGUGAGAAUCUGAACCUUAAUUGUUGUAAUUGUUAAUUAAUCUGAAAGAGAUUGGUUAUUAUAUGAA